AAGUUAUGGCAGCACAAAGUCAAAGAUUUCAUGCACUCCAAGAGGGUAUAAUCGAACACGCUAGUCAUAACCACCUCAAAUUCGAAGAAAAAAGGUACAUAGGAAACCAAAAAAUAUAACAAAUGAAAAAAGGAGAUUAUACAAAACUAGCAAGAAAAUGGCUAGAAAACAGUUCAAAGUUUGAACUAGAUGGUCUUGCACUUGAAGGAAUGAAUAUAUAUAUUGUGGAACAAGGUUUUAUAAAAUGCAGUUUGGUCAUUCCAAAUCAUUUAUCUGAUGUAGAUGGAAACUGGAAAGCCGGAGCGAUGUCAGUUUUGAUAGACGACAUUACUGCAGGUGCUGUGUUCUCUAUUACUGGAGGGCACCUAGCCACUGUUGAUUUCACUAUGUCGUUUUAUUCAACGGCUAAGGUCAAUGAGGAGGUCGAGAUUGAAGCAAGUGUUGUUGGAGAAACGGGCAAUCUAUUUUCAGUGGUAACUGAUAUUAGAAAAAAAGGCACGGGAGAGAAGGUUGUUGUCGGGAAACAAUGGAUGCAAGCCACUCCUAUCAAAACAUCACAGGCUGCUAAAAGCAAGCUUUGACUAACCACUCGGUGUGUAUUCAUUUUUCGUAACAGUUUGUUUGCAUUCCCACGUUACGUUUUACAGUUUAGUACACGAGUUAUAUAUUACAUUAGCAUUGGAAGUGAAAGAACUUAAACCCACAUUACUGUUGUAAACUAGUUUUAAAGUCAACUGUAGUUUAUUACAGAGAACUUUUUAUCAUAAUUUUCUGGUUUCUUA